AUGGAACAACCACCAUCACUAUCAGCUAAUUCCGCCACUACCGUAAAGAGAAAGCGCGCAAGUCAGGCAUGCCGAAAUUGUCGCAUCGCCAAACGCAGAUGUGAUGCCGCGAGGCCGGCUUGCAGUUCCUGUGCUAACUCGAGGGCAUCGCGCGCUUGUGUGUACGACGAUCCAGAAGAAGCAAAGUCAAAACAGUCAAAGCUGAUAGAGCGACUGCAACAGCGAAUUACCGAUCUAGAGCGAGCUGAUGAAGGGCGCAAACAUUCAAGGCUAGAUUUCUCGGGUGAAGUCUUUAACUCUUCUCACCUGAGCCCUCAAGAAGCAAGCUCAAACAACAUCGAGCUCGAAACCCGCGAGGAUGCGUUGGCUCAUCCGCACACAGAUAGAAUAACCCAUAAUGCGGCAUCAAUGGGAGGGGCCAACGAACUCCGGGCUGAGCGUGAAGACAAUCUCAAUCGCAUCUCAUCCUCGGCAGCACCUGUAGCUACCGUUCAGCCAAGUAAGAGAUCGGAGCCUUGUACAAUGAGUUCAUUUGUCAGGGAUGAAUCACAAGAGCAUGAUUCGGCAAACCCUUCCCACUCUCAACCCCUUCGUCUUAGCAGCGCGUCUGCCCCGUUCGAGCAGCGUCAAAGGUAUCUAAAUCGUGAUAAGGAAUUACCGCCGAAUGACGAGAUUGGCGUUGUUGCACCUCGUUUUGGAUACUUUGGAGAUUCCAGUGCGGUAACGUUCAUGAGUCAAGUACGGAGCGUGCUUGAUAACGCGGACGAUCCAGCCUGCCAUUACGAGACGGAGCCGCUUAGUCCAGCCCACUUGGGACGUGAGUCCCCUGGAAGGUAUCAAGAAGUGUUGCGGGAGAGACUUUCUCAUGCAACAAGCAGGCGUCAUGCAGACUUUGAACUCUAUGCUUUGCCCAGCAGAGAGCAUGCAGAUGCCCUUUUGGAUGUCUUUUGGACUUGGGUUCAUAGUCUCUAUCCAUAUCUGGACCGACUUGACUUUGAACAAAAAUAUGAGAAGAUAUGGCUCUCUUCUAAGGCAUCCGAUGGGGUUUUUCAGCCAGUAGCUUCGGUAUCACGGCAAUCCCAAGAGGAACGAUCGACCGCGGCGGAGCUUACCAACAAGAAAACUUUCUACUGCACUCUCAAUAUAGCAUUUGCUCUGGGUUGCCAAUUCGAUCCUGCCCUAAACCCUGGCGAGUCACGAUUAAGUGAUGUCUUCUGGCAACGAGCCAAAACCCUCAUUGAGCAGGACUUUAACAUUUUCAAUGAAGGAAGCGUCUCACUAAUUCAGGCGUUACUACUCUUCGGAGUAUAUAUGCAAAGCACAGAGCUCUCCGGCGGUUGUUGGACGGUCGCAAAUGUCGCCACUAGCGUGGCACAGGUCAACGGACUACACCAAAUAAAUUCGGGGAUGUUCAAGGGUUCAUUGAGUCAAAAAGAGCUCGAUCUACGAAAACGAGUAUGGAGUGGAUGCAUUCUUCUUGACAGGUAA